CUGCGUCCUCGUCGUCCUAGUGGCGUAAGUCCCCUUUCCAUCUCUUUCCCCCAGCCCACACUAAUGAAUCAGCCUCAACAUGCUCUACAUAGCAUACCUGAACAAACAGCACGAGAAGCGACGCGUCGCCAUGGGCAAGAGCGCGAAGAUCAUCGAUCGCUCGAUGCAGGCGGUUGGCGAGCCUGAGGAGGAGGACAAGGGCGAGGAGGCUGGGAAAGGAGAGACGACGGGCGAUGAUAACGCGUUCAAGGACCUUACGGACUUUGAGAAUGAGGAUUUUGUGUUUGUGUACUAGGGGAGAUUUGGGGGAGAAGGAGGUGGUUCAGGCUGGGUCGACGGGGAUUGUAUGUAGUGUAGCACGAUUCGGAGAGGGUUGACGAUCUGAUCUAUCCACAGAUAUACAUCAAAAUGAUUACAAGAGUAUACUCCAAAAGUCUGUAAAGAUACUCAACUUUGUCUCUCAUGAACCAUGCAAUUGCCCCAAAUCCUCCUCUUAGCCAAGGCCGGGGGUAUUCCGAGGUCACGACACCGCCGCCCCGCAUUUUCGUCUCCGUCUCGGCCCAACUCUUCAUUAUCCGAUCUUGUUGCUCUCUCGCCAGGCUUUGCUUGAUAUAUCCUCACCAUGGCAUCUGAAGACUCGUACCUCGUUGCUGCGCCGCCGUCUAUGAAGCGGAUUCCCAAAGCAUGCAGCGCGUGUCGGCAAUCGAAGGUGAAAUGUGAUGGGAAGCGGCCAUGCACGAGAUGCGAAAAACUAAAGAAACAAUGCGUCUUCUUCGAAAUCCCCAAGGAUCCCGUUACCGAGAGGCUCGAAUCCGUCGAGUCAGAAGUCCAGCGUCUGCAGGCCCAGCUCGCCGAUAUGAGACAGAUGCUUCGCGGCAAUUCGCAGCCGCAGAAUGACACUGACACGCAUGUACUCGCCGGCAUCGAACCGUUUUCGCAACUCCAGCCCACGGACCCGGACCCGGCACAGCAAUGUCGCGGGAGCGUCUCGCUGAUAUCCCCUCGGCAGAUAUCAGCUGCAGCUAGUGUUCCGGGGCUCAUGCCACCGGCUGAGCCGAAUUUCUCUAGUGCCCGUGGGCAGAUUCCAGUACAGUCGCGAGUUAGACGUGCUCAGGCUCAUGGGGAUGUAUUCCGUGCGUCGAAGAAGCGGCGCUCGGGAUUCGAGGUGCGGGAGGAGCCGAUUGCGGAUUUUGUGAGUUUGGGGAUGAUUACGCUUGAGUAUGCGGUUGAUUGUUUUACGACGUUCUUCCAGGGUUGUGACAGGUACAUUCCGAUCUUCGACCCGAGAUACGACACGUUUGAAUCCGUGCGAUACCGGAGCAGUAUUCUACUGAAUGCAAUAUGCACGAUUGGGAGUCGUGUAGAGGCCAGAGCCGGCUCCCAACUCUCCGACCUCCUCCAAACCGAACUCAAGAAAUGGAUCAACGUCGUCAUCCAAAACGAGACACUAAACUGCCUCGAGUCCGUCCAGGCGCUCCUCGUCAUCGCGUGCUACUCCGCCGAGCGGUCGCUGAUCCUCUCAUUUGCGACGCGGAUGGCGCUCGAUCUAGGCCUCGACGAGGCGUUCGAGGAGCUCACGCAGCAUUUGACCAUGAAGGAUUUUGAUGGCGGAUCAGGGGUUUCGAGCCUGGUUGAUGAUGAGAAUGCGCUCAUGCGCAAGUCGAGGACGUGGUUUGGGUUGUUGGUUUUGGAGCAUAUAUUCAGCCUCGACGGUGGGAAACCACCGGGCAUCCGGAUGACGGGAAACUCGCGGCGGUGUCGCAAGCUGCUCGAUCACCCGUCAUCGACCGUUUUGGACCUCCGCUUGUUUUCGCAGGUCGAGUUGAAUGUUAUCAGAGUGCACAUAAACGAAACUCUAGGUACCAAAGCGCCACUGGCUCGAGCUGAUGUCGCGGCGUUCGUGCAAGAAGCCAAGCUUGAUCUGGACCUGUGGUUCGACGACUGGCAGCGAAUAAUAGAAAACGCACUCGCCCCUGAAGACGAGGAACGAGGACCCUUACUCGCUGCGCUCCGCGUGCAAAAGUGCUGGGGCGAGAUGAUGCUGCAUUGCAAAGCGCUCCGAUCAAUGGGGGUGGAAAACGUCGCAGCCAUGUCCAACGUCGAGCGCAAGAUCCUCCUCAUGGCAAAGGCAAGUGCUCGUAAACAUCUCAGCCUGAUCACCAUCGAGCCAGACUCGUAUCUCGCCAAGCUGAAAUAUGCAAUGGACUUUGUCUGGGCGAAAUGUGCGUUCUGCUUCUUGCUCUUGCUCAAACUGUCUCGUCUCCUGCCAGAGGGGAAAGAAGAGCACGAGGAGCUACUGAAUCAUGGAAACCGACUUCUCGACGAUUUGACCAAGAGCGUAUCGAGCAGCAACAUCGCCAGUAACAGCAAUGUAUACCUGCAGAUUCUUCGGCUGAGCAUUGAAAAGUAUGGGCGGACGCUUCACGAGAGUGGAUUAGGGACAGAUGGAGGCGCAACCGAGGACACGGCGCCGUUCUGGGAGUUGUUUGAUGCGCAGACGGAGUUGACCUCGUUUGUGCCGGAGCAGUUUGUGAGCGAGUGGGAUUUUCCCGGGCUCAAUCUGUUUUAUUUUCCGACGACGUGGCAAGAUUUUUUUGCUGAUUUUUCGCUGGCCGUUUGA